AGUUGGAGAUGGAAUCGAAAGCUUGGAAGUCGCCAGUGGGAGGAGAAGGCGACGACCGCACGGGAGUCAAUAGGCGGUAUGGAUGAAUAGGUCCAAGGCCAAGCCGUGGAGCUGAUGCUUGCAAGCUGACGUCUUCACGUAACUGGCCGGCGCUGGGCCACAGCGAGGGGAGAUCUGGAGUCAAUGCGCCAAUAGCGGACGAGCACUGCUCUGUUCCGUCUCCUGGACGAAGACGCCCGGCCGACAGAUGCUUCGGGCCCGGCCCCAACCCGAAAACAGGAAUCUUUCGACCCGCCACCCACCGAUCUAACUCAGUCACGGGAAAGAAAAAGCAUAUAUAUCUCUAUAUAUAUGUGUGUUUGUGUGGAGAGGGUAGAGGCAGCGAAAGAAUCGGACACAUCAAGCCUACCAGCCAUGCUGCCUCGGGAUAGUGGCCAUCAAAAUUGUUAGUUCAUAUUUUUGUUUGUUUGUAAAGAAUCAAGAUGUGGGAAAAAAAAUCCCUUAACAGGAAAAGCAACCACAAGUUGAGAAAUCAUGUUUUCAUUUGAAUGGAAUCUGGAAAAGAACAACUAUAUGUAUCAAAGAUCAAUAAGGUGGUUUUCUUGCAUUGGAAGAAGAAAACGGGAACCUUUGAGCUAGAACUGUGAACAUGGCGGUAGAACUUGUAAUUGAGGAAAAGCCAGAAGUAACUGUUAAUCACACACGCAGUCUCGUGGUAAAUAUCUUGGAAGAUCAUAUGGAAGGAACUUAUAAUCUUGAUGAAGUAGCAUUUCAGGCAAGUCUUUAUCAGUCAUUCCAGGAGAAUUCAGGCGAUAGAGAUAGACCAAAUCACGAAAUUGGCCAAAGCAGCCAAAGCUCCCAUGGUGGGAGUAAUCUCCACUCAGUAUCAGCAUACGAUGAAGCUCUAGCUCAACAGUACCAAUAUCUGGAGAAUUGUUCUGCUGAUGCACCAGAAAAUACAAUAAAUCAUUCAGAAGAUGGUGAAAACACAACAGAGUUGUCUACCUUGAAUGCUGGAUCUACAUCUACUGACAAUCCUAAUCCGGUUAUAAGAGACAACAACGUUGACACAGAUGCAAUGUCUUAUGAGCAAUUACAAUCCCUAGAGGAAGAAAUAGGUAUCGAAGGCAGAGGUUUGUCAGAUGAGUUUAUUUCUUAUUUGAAGGAACACAGACAUGGAUUCUUCUCGAAAAAGGGCAACGAAGAAUGUGUUAUUUGCAAAUCAAAUUACAAAAGCCGGAAAUUGAUCACCUUGCCUUGCAAGCAUUGUUACCAUUCGGAAUGCAUCAAACGCUGGUUGAAGGAAAAUAAGGCAUGCCCCAUUUGCAAGGAGGAGGUAUUUGGAUAAAAGUUACACUACAUCAAGCUGCAAUGGCCUGCGUAAUUUGCUACUAGAAUCGCUAUUAACACACCAAAAAGGGUGGGAAAAAAUACCACCUGUUUUUGUUUUUUGUUUCUGUUUUUGGGGCUGUGAAAACAAACUUGGACAACCUUGUCACAGGAUCACAAAUCUGUGUUGUUGCUUGCAUUGUGAAUGUUUUUGUGCAGUUUCUAUGGAACAGGAGACAAUACAAUCAGACAUUAUUCUA